CAUGAUUGAAGUGAAGGGAAGGAACAAACCAGAAGUUCAGCCACAGUGGCUGACGAGAAUUCGUGAUCCAAAGCUGCCUACUCACCAUAUGACCUACCUACCAACUUGAACUCUCUCGCAAACCACUCUAUGGAUUCCAUCGUCCCAAGACUUCGAGAGAUUCAAGAAUCUUGAGCAAUCCAAUCAUCCAAAAUGCCAAUCCCAGUAGAAUACAUCGACGGAAAAAAGACCUUUACGGUCCUCGGUAUGUAUCUACAUACCUCUCCCCACCAUCCAAACCAUAUACUCACAAAACAACCCAGAAAACAACCCCGAAGUAAUGAACGCACUAGCACUCCAACUCGGACUCUCCCCCCGCCUCAAAUUCCACGACAUCUACACUCUCACCGACCCCUCCCUCCUCUCACUCAUCCCCCGUCCCGUGCUCGCCCUCCUCGUCAUCAUCCCACUAACCCCCUCCUGGCACGCCUCCCGCAUCGCCGAAGAUGCAAACACGCCAGAAUACACCGGUGCCGGCCCAACCGAGCCAGUAAUCUGGUUCAAGCAAACGAUCGGACAUGCGUGUGGUUCCAUCGGCUUGUUGCAUUGUCUACUCAACGGUGAAGCUAAAAAUCAUAUUCUUGAUGGUAGCACCCUGGCGAGGAUUAGAGAGGGUGCGAUACCGCUGGGGAUGGAGGAGAGAGCGAGGUUUUUGUAUAAGAAUGAGGAGUUUGCGGUGGCGCAUCAGGGAGUUGCGGAGAUGGGGGAUACGAGGCCGGUAAGUGCGAGUGAUGGGGAGAGGUUGGGACAGCAUUUUGUGGCGUUUGUGAAGAGUGAGGGGAAGCUUUGGGAGUUGGAGGGGAGUAGGAUGGGUCCUAUUGUGAGGGGGGAGUUGGGGGAGGGGGAGGAUGUUUUGUGUGAGAAGGCUGUUGGGAUGGGGUUGGGGAGGGUGAUGGAGAUGGAGAAGAGGAGUGGUGGUGGGGAUUUGAGGUUUAGUUGUAUUGCGCUUGCUGAGGGGGAGUAA